AUGACCACUGUGGUACCUCUCGAGAAUGCUACAUUCAUCCGCCCAGCCACAUUUUACAUCAGUGGUUUGUACAACAUGCAACAUACAAAGUAUUACUACAUGUUUUUGUGCUUUAUCUACGCUGUGACUGUACUAGGAAAUUCUUUUAUAAUAGGCACUAUAUACCUGGCACGAACUCUGCACACUGCAAAGUAUAUAGCUGUCUUCAACUUGGCCUUGUCUGAUCUGUUUGGAAGCUCUGCUCUUAUUCCAAAGUAUGCAGACAUGUUUCUGCUUGAGGACCAGUACAUAUCUUACAAAGACUGUCUGACAAGCAUGUUUUUUAUUUUUCUUUUCAUGACAAUGCAGUCUUAUACUCUGCUUGCUUUGGCCUUUGACAGAGUAAUUGCUAUAUGUUUUCCUCUGAGGUAUCAUGCUAUUGUCACCAAAACCACAAUGACUCUGAUCAUUGGUGGCAUCUGGCUUGUCUCUAUAUUUCUUGUUGCAGUCCGUGUAGCUCUGAUUGCCAGACUGUCCUUCUGUAGCUCUACCACAGUUUACAGUUAUUUCUGUGACCAUGGCCCCAUCUACAGACUAGCGUGCAAUGAUAAUUCUCCUAAUUUCAUGAUGGCCUAUGUCAAUAUUGCUGUUAUGCUUUGCCUUCCAUUGAUGCUAAUAGCUAUCUCAUAUGUUUGUAUUGGUGUUGCACUGCUUAAGAUCUCACAUGGUGUUGAUCGAAUGAAGGCUAUGAAAACUUGCACUUCCCAUCUCAUGUUAGUGGCCAUGUUUUAUCUGCCAAUUAUUGGUGUUUAUAUUACAGCUCUUACAACAUACAUACAUCCAAACACUAGAAUAAUUAACUCUGUUUUGACACAAGCAAUUCCACCCAUGUUAAACCCCAUCAUAUAUACUCUGAAGACAGAGGAGGUAUUGCAAUCUAUUAAAGUACUCUACAAACGAAACAGGGUGAAAGCAGGUUAA